GCGCCAGUUGCGCGGCGAGCAUCGUCAAUGUCUUGUCGUUGUCUUCUUUAAAAAAACAUGGGUGACAAAAACUUAGUCUUAGUCAAGUCCAUUGAGAAGUUUCCUUGUUUAUAUAACUACAACUUGAGUGAUUACUCCAAGAAAGAACUCACUGACAGAGCAUGGAACGAAGUUGCCAAUGAAACUAAACUAACAGUUGGAGAAUGUAAAGAGAAAUGGAAAAAUUUACGCUAUGGUUUUAUAAGAAGUUUAAAGCCGAAUGCAGAUGGUUCUUUGAAGAAGAAGUAUUAUUUACACGAUGAUAUGGAAUUCGUAUUACCGUUUGUUAAAGCACUAUCAAAACAAUUUGGUUUCGUCCAAGCUGCAGUAGAAAAUGACACUGACGACGAAUUUGUAGACAAUCAACUUGACCACUGUGGUCAAUCUCCACAACAACACUACUUUGAUUCAGAUAUGCAUCAAACUCUAGAGCCACCGAAGAAAAAAAAUAGAUUACAUUGUGACCAUAUUACUACAAAAAAUUUGCACUACAAACAUUUGCCUACUGACAGAUGUGACGAAUCAAGAAAAAUGUUUCUCCUCAGUUUAUUGCCAGAAAUUAAAGAGUUAACUGAAAGCCAAAUGAGAGCCUUUAGAAGAAAAGUCUUAUCAUUAAUCGAUGAAAUUGUGGAUACGCCAAACCAGUGUGAUACAAAUAUAUUUCAAUGGACAAAAGAACCUCAUGAUGAAAAACCUCUGUUGGAAAACGAUCAAAUAAAAUCUGAGACUCCAUAACUUAUUUUUUUAUUAUUUACAACAUUAUGAUUGCGUACAAAUUAAAUAGUAAUAUUUUAACAAAAAGACAGUACUACAGUAGAUACCUAUUGUAGAUGCCAAUACAAUACUUUUCUAAAGCAUCACAAGAUAUCUACAAUCGCUGCCCAGGAGUAGCUACGGGACAUAUAUAUAGUAGGUACCUACUGCUAGGAGGCAUUAGGUACUUAACAUAAAAUCACACUUUAUUUUUGAGCACAUAUUAUUAGACAAAGCGGUUCGGUUAAAUAUAGAUUUACUUCUUAAUGUGUAAUUUUAAU